UUCCAUAUUAAUGGUGAAUUUCCAUUUUCAAAACUUCCAAAUGGUCUUUUACAAUUUACAUAUUAUUCUGGUCAAUUAAAAAAACUUCCAAACUAUAAAAUAUUUGAUAAUACUGAUAUUUAUCAGUUAUUUUUAUAUUAUAAUCAAAUAGGUGGUGAUUUACCAAAAUGGGAUGGUUCAAAAAACAAUAUAACAACCUUAGAUUUAACCUCCAAUUCAAUAACUGGAACUAUUGAUGAAUCUUAUUGCUCUGUGUAUUUAAUUAUUAAUAGAAACUUAAUGACAGGUAAAAUUCCAGAAUGUUUUACAUGCCAUUUUAGCGAUAUUAAUUUUAAAUUAAACUUUGGUCAAAAUUCAUUUGAUAACUACGAUACAAUAGGAACAUGCAGUAAAAAUGAGUUCAAUGUUUCAAACAGUUUUACUCUAUUUAUGGAUGUAUUAUCAUUAAUCGGUCAAAAUAUUGGAUAUUCACAAAAUGAUAUUGAAUCAAAUAUACAAUUUAAUCUCAUGCUAAAAGCAAAUUCAAUAAUUAUUGCAUAUGAUUCCUAUACUCCAAAUAGAAUUAUUCACGAAAUAAGUUUCAAGAGUACUGGUCAAAAAUUUACAUUAACUCCAGAUCCAUAUCCACCAUUAUUAUCAAAUAUAACAUCAAAUAAUCAUAUUUUAGUAUUCAAAGGUUUAUAUUAUUCAUACGAUAUCACUGAAAUAACAAUUACAAUUGGUGAUAAAUCUUGUGAUGUAACUGAUUCAACAUUUUAUCAAAUCACAUGUACUUUAACAACAUAUCCAAAUCAACUAAAUAAUGUAUCAGGUACACUCAAAGUAGAUCAAUUACAAACAACAUUCAAUUUAAAUUUAGAUAACAACGAUGGUAACGAAGUAUUCAACAACUAUUCAUCAUGUCCAGACAACUGCAACGGUUAUAUAUGUAACUAUAAUACUGGUAUUUGUGAAUGUCCCAAAGACUGGACCGGCGAAAACUGUUAUACUCCAAAUCAUUAUGUAUCAUCAAUUACACCAACAUACGAAGAUGGCGGAUUUGUAACAAUGAAUGGAUGGUUCGGUGAUAUUCAUCAAGAUUUGAAUAUAACAAUCGGAAAUCAAGGAUGCAAAAUAGAUACGAUAUCAUCAAAUACAAUCACAUGCAACAUUGGGCCAGGUACAGGUAAAAAAGAUGUAAUCGUAAAUCAAAAUGGAAUCACAUGGAAAUCUUUCAACUUUUUUAUAUACCAAUCAAAACAACAAACAUGUUUAAACAACUGUAUCGACACUAAUCAUGGUACCUGUAAUACAUCAAAUGGUAUUUGCGAAUGUAAAUCAGGAUGGACUGGAUUCGAUUACUGGACCGGUGAAAACUGUUUAACUCCAAAUCAUUAUGUAUCAUCAAUUACACCAACAUACGAAGAUGGUGGAUUAGUAACAAUGAAUGGAUGGUUCGGUGAUAUUCAUCAAGAUUUGAAUAUAACAAUCGGCAAUCAAGAAUGUAAAAUAGAUACGAUAUCAUCAAAUACAAUCACAUGCAACAUUGGAGCAGGUACAGGUAAAAAAGAUGUAAUCGUAUAUCAAAAUGGAAUCACAUGGAAAUCAUUCAACUUUUUUGUAUACCAAUCAAAACAACAAACAUGUUUAAACAACUGUAUCGAUACUAACCAUGGUAUUUGUAAUACAUCAAAUGGUAUUUGCGAAUGUAAAUCAGGAUGGACUGGAUUCGAUUGUAAUUCACCUUCAAAUAAUAAUAACAAUGGUAAUACCAACAGUACAGUUAAUCCAGACGGUUCAACAACAAUAAAUAACGAUCAAACAACAUACAAUAUAUUAAUCACAUCAUUAUUAGAACUCGAUAUCAACAGUGACACAGUUAAACAAUAUCCACUUCAAAACAAUUGGAAUAUUACAUCAAAUGAUAAAAACGGAUCAAAUGUAACAUUCACACAAAUAUUAAACGAAACUGAAUGUCAAAUCGUAUUAUCAAUUCAAGAAAUAGAAAAUGAUAUUCAAUAUUCAUUUGCAGGUUUAGAAUUCAAAUUAGAUAAAGGUUCAAUUAAAGUAUCAGUAUCAAUUCACAAUUACAACUAUCAAAGUCCACUCAAUACAUUACAAUUACAAAUGAUAUCAAAUGUAUCAGAUACAACAUCGAACGAUUGUAACAGUAAAUCAGCAUCAACAUCAACAUCAAUAUUAGACAAUCAAACAUUAAACUAUAUAUCAAUCAACAAAGACAACAAGAUUCUAUAUGGUAGAUUUAUAAACAGAGCAAUAUCAGAUGGACACACAACAUUAAUCACCACAUCAUUAAUAUCGAAUCAAAACGAAUCAGUAACCAUUGGUAUUAACAUUCCACAUUGCAGAACAUCAUGCUAUAUCGAUCCUGACUUUUCAGUAAUAAUUAGUCCUGAUUUCAAAUCAAACUGUAACAACAAAUCCAAAAAGUAUGUAAUUCCAGUAGCUGUUGUUGUAAGCUGUAUCGGUGUAGCUGCUAUUGUUAUGAUUACAUAUUUUAUUUAUAAAAGAAAACAAAACAAAAUUUUUGAAAAGAAAAUU